AUGGGUUUACCUUGGUCGUUUGCCACUUGGAGUAUGGCUGUUAUCGGACCCAUAGAGGCUGCCGCAAAUGGACAUCGUUUUAUUCUGGAGGCUAUCGAUUAUUUCACAGUAGAACCUUCGACAUACAAAGCAAUGACUAAGAAGGUUCAAGAUUACUCAUCAAAAUUCCACUGUUUAUCGGCAGUAGAUGAAUGGAAGGUUGAGGCUGCAAAUAAAAAUAUCAAGAAGAUUUUACGGAAAAUAGUGAACAGUCAUAAACAAUGGCAUGAAAAGCUACCAUAUGCUUUCCUUGGUUAUCGCACCAUGAUCAGAACGUCAUAUGCGAAAAGUCUUUAUAUGUUGGUUUAUGGUUCAGAAGUAGUAAUACCUGCUGAGAUAGAAAUACCAUCUUUAAGGAUUAUCCAACAGGUUGGUCUGGACGAUGCAGAAUGA